CGUCACGUGGCCUCGCAGCUCCGCUCCCUCCGCGCUCCGCCAUGGCUGCGGCGGCCGCCGCUGGCUCGGUGCUGCUCUGCCUGCUCGGCCUGGUGCUGCCCGGCGGCAGCACGCUGCACACCAAGGGCUCCGUGCCGCUCGACACCAUCACCUUCUACAAGGUUAUUCCGAAGCACAAGUUUGUCCUUGUGAAGUUUGACACACAAUAUCCCUAUGGCGAGAAACAAGAUGAGUUCAAAAAGCUGGCGGAGAGCUCAGGCUCCAGUGAGGAUCUGCUGGUAGCUGAAGUGGGAAUAUCAGAUUAUGGUGAUAAACUGAACACUGAGCUGGGAGAGAAGUACAAGCUGGAUAAGGAAAAGUUCCCUGUUUUUCACUUGUUCCAGAACGGUGACUUUGACAAUCCUCUACUUUAUGAUGGUGAAAUCAAGGCCGGGGCCAUUCAGCGCUGGCUGAAGAGUAAUGGCAUCUACCUGGGGAUGCCAGGCUGCCUGAAAGAGUACGAUGUGCUGGCCAGCAAAUUUGUGAGCACCACAGAGAAAUCUGACCGCCAGGCCCUGCUGAAAAAGGGGCAGGAGAAUUUAGCAAAAGCAAAAGAGACCGAGAAGAAGUCAGCGGAGCAAUACUUGAAGAUUAUGAGCAAGAUCCUGGAGCAGGGAGAAGAGUUUGCUGCUAACGAAGUCGUCCGAAUCACAAAGCUGAUUGAGAAGAACAAGAUGAGUGAUGGAAAGAAGGAGGAGCUCCAGAAAAGYCUCAAUAUCCUCGCUUCUUUCCUGAAGAAGAAUAGUGAAAAAGAUGAGCUCUAAUCUGUUGGAGAACUCUGUACAAGCUGUGAAACAUUGUCAAGAGUCCUAACCAGUUCUCCUUAAUGCAAGCAAAGUUCCCGCUGACUUCAAGAGGGCAGCAGAUUUCCUUUUGGGUUUCUCAGUUCAGAAGAUCAAGAGGAAGACAUUCCUUACAGUAUUCUAAAUGUUGGAAAAAUCACCUAAGAGCAAGACACCAGUAUUGUGUAAUUCUCUCCAAUAACAGUGUUAAAACAGACAACAAAAAAAAAAAAAAAAA